AUGGCACCACUAUCGCGUCUAUUUGUGAGAGCUCCGGCGGCACGCUUGUGCAGAACCUCGAUAUCGACAGUUCCUCGUCGCUAUGCAACAACAGACUAUGGUAGUGUUCAGUCGGGACAAGAGCAGGGCGUGAACGAAAGUAAUCCAAAGAGACACAUGGAACACCCAGGUCCAGAACCACCUUCCACCAAAGCCGGCGAUGGACCAGCUCCGAACUCUGGUUCAAAAGACGGUGCUUCGCCUAAGAUCCAGCAACCCAAAUCGGCUGCUGAAGACCAAAACGAAGACGUGAAGCAGCACAAUGAAGAGAUGAGAAACAGACAUGAGAAGAGUGCCAACCAACUUGGUGAGUCCGAUAAUAAGGUCGACAAGGGAUUCUGGUCGGGUGAUGUUGGCGCAAAGAACAAGAACGGCUAG